AUGGCCGUCAAACACGAUGGCGCAGGAAUAGGAAAUGGAGCGGUGAGAGUGUGUGAAGGCGCUCAGUGGUCGCUUUCACCGCCGCUCCACAAGGUCUGGACGUUUUUGCUGACCGGCGCGCAGUUCCUCAAGCUCAAAAGUCACGGCCCUGAGGGCGGCCCUGCCCAGCGGUGCGCAGAGGUCCUCUUUUCGCUGAAGCAUAGGAGAGAUCAACAGCGCGAAUUUGAUACUGCAUGUCGUUACGAGAUGCUUCGCGCCGGAAUAGGUCUAAUGAAUCGCAGGCGGACUCACCAAGUUGGGUGCAGAAAUACGGAAGGCGAGCGCAAGCGUCGCCAGGCAGGCCCAUCCCACUUGGUCUCUCGCCUCCAGAUCGCGACGUCCUCUGCUCAGGAUUGGAUGGUGGCAUGA